ACGUUAGAUACACAUAUUUGGGCUGUAACGAUCCAAAGUUAAAAUAGAAAAUUGCUACCCCAAUUUAAUUUUCUAUUUUAUAACAUCAAUUAUUCUAAAAUAAUAAAUUAGGAUUGAUUAACUAAAUAAUUGAUUUUUUUUUAAUUAAUUUAAUAACUUCUCAAAUUGGUCCACAAUUUCUAAUGGAAAUUAGUUUCUUAUCAUGUUUUCCAUAUUCCCUAAUUAAGUUAUCAAAAGGAAUUGUAAAUUAAUAUUGACAAAUAAAUAUAAUCUUAAAAACCAAACAAUGCAUACAUAUGAUAAAGUACAUUAUGGACUUUGUUUGAAGUGUUAAACUAUAACUUUCAAAAGUAAUUUACUUAAAUUAUUGCAAUCUUAAUUGCCAAAUCAAAGAUUAAAAAUAGAUUCACAGUAAAUAAUCUACACUAAUUAAUGGAGGAGUUAUGUUCAUCUUAGGGUAAUUUAUUUUCCUUUUACAAUUUUGUUUAUGGGCCCUUUUUUUUACCUCUUUUGCAGCUUUAUAAAUAACCAGUGGGGCAAAGUUGACACAGUUCUCUCUCUCUCUCUCUCUCGUGUCUGUUCACUGAAAAUCAGAACGAGCAACGAUGUCCCAAUGCUGAUGCCCAUCCUCACAGCACCGCCGCGUCUCCGCCGUACAUCUCCGCUGAAAGCAAUUUCCAUGACGACGGCUCCGGUGGGGCUGGAUUUUCCGUCCUACAUCCGCAAAGCGGGGGUUUGGCUGCUCUGCCUGGUGCUGCUCACGGCGGUUGUUUUAUCAUGCUUUCUCCUCCACGGAGCUGCCGUCUCCGGAAUCACACGUGCAACUCACGUGUUUCCCGUCCUUGCUGAUAUAGGUUCCUUUUCCUCGGAUAACGAGGAGUACAGUCUUGAAAGAGUUCUGAAGGCUGCUUCUAUGCAAGACAAUUCAGUGAUCUUAACAACCCUAAAUGAAGCUUGGGCAGCUCCAAAUUCAGUAUUUGAUCUCUUUCUUGAGAGUUUCAGAAUUGGAGAGCGGACCCGCCAUUUGCUGAACCAUCUGGUGGUUGUUGCUUUAGAUCGAAAGGCAUUUUCUCGUUGUUUGGCUGCACAUUCCCAUUGUUUUGCACUUGUCACUGAAGGAGUUGAUUUUUCAAGUGAGGCUUAUUUUAUGACCCCCGACUACUUAAAGAUGAUGUGGAGAAGAAUUGAUUUCCUACGAUCUGUUCUUGAAAUGGGGUACAACUUCGUUUUCACGGAUGCGGAUAUUAUGUGGUUCAGAGAUCCAUUUCCUCACUUCCAUCCAGAUGCCGACUUCCAGAUAGCAUGUGAUCAUUUCUCUGGUAUAUCUGAUGAUAUAGAAAAUAAACCUAAUGGAGGAUUCAAUUUCGUAAGAUCAAAUAAUCGUUCUAUAGAGUUUUACAAGUUCUGGUAUUCCUCACAUGAGACAUACCCCGGCUUACAUGAUCAAGAUGUUCUCAAUAGAAUUAAGAACAAUUCCUUCAUCACAGAAGUGGGGCUCAAACUUAGAUUCUUGGAUACUAAUUACUUUGGUGGAUUUUGUGAACCUAGUGAAGAUCUUAAUCGAGUUUGCACAAUGCAUGCAAACUGUUGCUUCGGCUUGCAAAGUAAGCUUCAUGACCUCAGAAUCUUGCUUGAAGAUUGGAAGAAGUUUCUGUCCUCGCCACCAAAUUCAAUAGCCUCUGGUUGGAGAGUUCCGCAAAAUUGCAGUCUUGACUCUCUUCAAAUGGAUUUGCAACUACCGGAGCCUACAACGACAGAUAAUUUUUUGAAUGGAGAAAUAUCGAAAAAUUGACGACCACCUCCUCUCCACCAAAUAACAGUUAGGUAAAUUCUGACAAUCUGGGCUAUAUGUGUAAAUUAAUUUAUGGUAUAUUUUAGGGAAAAAUGAGCUUUAUGUGGCAUUCGUAGAAAGGAUGCUAUAUAUGAAACUGAUUACAAAAGGGUGUUUGUAUUUUUUUUCCUGAGCACAUCUGUAGUUCAUAUAUCAGUUUUUGGAAGUGGGAAAAGGUGAUGCAAUACUCUGUUUGGGGUGAGAUAUCAUUUUGAAGGAUUUGUCGCUGUGGGUUUGUGACUUGUGA